UCAUUCUCGUCACCAUUGGGCAUUGAGCGUUCCUAUCAACAACCCACUUCUCAUGUCUCUGCAGUAUUGGCAUCUCGAAGACACCAAUGAUGAUGGCGCCAGUUUACGCCAGCUCGAGCGGUGCUUUCGAUCGUCAACCGCGUUCGAACAACCAGGCAAGCCAGCAUUUCGACUACCGUGACCGAUACACUCCAUAUGGUGCUCAUCUCGAUCGUCAUGCGCGUCAGGAUACCCAGGUGGACGAUCACGAGCUUCCAUCGACGCGUGUAACAACCCACGAGCUGGGAGACUCACCCGCAAGCGAGCAGAGAUGCCGCAAACGGAUUUCGAUGGCUUGUCGUCGAUGCCGCAAGCGUAAGAUCAAGUGCAGCGGUGAUCUUGGCGAAGGUUCGGGCUGCGGAGCGUGUCGACAAGCUGGAGCAGACAGCACACAGUGCACGUUCAUCAGGGUCGGAGCCGUGGAGAAAUCGGAAUUGCCCACCCAACUCCGCCGUUCCAACAUCCAUUCUUCGAUCGAAGUCACGCCCACGAAUGGCAGCGGCCACUCACCGCCAUCGAUGAGACCCUACACCAACAGCAUGCAUCAGAACACGACAUACGCAGUCACUGCCGGCAUGAGUGGGAGUGGCAGCUAUGCCCCGCAUCGUCCAUCGCUCCCAACUCUCCACCUGCGGUCCAGCUUUCCCAACGAGCAAGACGCGAUGUACGACACUUCGACGAUGGACAACUAUUCCUAUGCCACGUCCAUGGCACCACGACACGAUUCGCUCGCCAGCGUGCAUCAAAUGGCCAACUACCGCGACUGGAGCACCACGGGCCCGCUUUACGCGCCCAUCUCCGCCCCCUACCACGACUGCGGCCCAACAUACAGCUUCGGCUCGUUGCAGACUCCAAUGUAUCCGCAUUUCCAGCAGCAUCAUCAACGACUGCCCAGCGUGUCGGGCGAGAACCUCUCGCCUCUGAACAUGUCGCAGCUGAACUCUUCGCUGCCAGCACAGACUGUGCACGACAGACGCUUGCCACCCGUGCCCUCCGGCCCGCCCGGUCCCCCAAUGGCGUUCAUGGCACAGCCUUCCCCGAUGCCCGUUCCUCAGCUUCGCCCAAUGUACGAUCCCCUCCGAAUGCCAAUGAAUGGAGGCUUCUACAGCCGCCACAACUCCUAUCCGUGGUCAUCGGAGUCUGGACAAUGGAUCAGCAGGCCUGGUUCGAUCUCCAACUACAUGGCGCCCAACGGGCUCUCCUACUCAUCGGCACAGAAUAACGGCUUGGCCUCGGAGUCCAAUCUGAUGGGUUUCCACUAUCAACUUAACCGGCAGGACGCAAGCAUCAGCUCCACGUCGACUGACACCGACGUCUCCGGCCCAACGGUCACAGACGAUGUCUCCCGCCACUCUGACGAAGACAUGUCCAUGCCGCCACCGUCUUUCAGCAGCAGCGAGCACGGCAGCAGCGGCAACAGCAACAGCACCAGCGCCAACACAAGCUUCUACUCUACCUGCUCCACCGCGCCGUCGAACUACAAUGGACCACCUCCAAUCGCAGACACCGCGCACGAAGCAGACUCGCACUACCACUACUCCCCCGAAACCCGCCAAACCCCCACUUCCGCCUCUGACAAAAGCAACAACGACCGACCGCCGGGUCGCAACAAGAGGAGCAAAAACGGCAGCAGCAGCAGCAGCAACAGCAACUCUCGCAACGAGUACGACCCCCCUCCCCUCCACCAGCCGCGGCCUCGCCAUCAUUCCUCCACAAGCAACAUCGAGGCUCUGCAGCAGCAGGCUUCCUACGAGGAUCAGCGGGCGUCGACUGUGCAUCGGAUGUCGUUGUCGAAUCUCAAUGCAGAGCAUUAGAGGCCGUGGAGAGAGGCAGGCAAGCAAGCGUGGUGGUGACGAUUUUCGGUUUUCUUCCUUGCGGGUUGGGAGGCGUGUACGUUAGCGAGCGAGUCAACGACACUUUCGGCUUUGUUAGGCGUCUGGGCGACUUUUUGGGGUGGCAUGGGGUGUAUGAUGUCGUGGCAGGCACAUGUUGGGGGGAAGC